AUGGACAUUUCAAGUUCACGCUUGGACAAUGAGGGUGAAGUUGAAUCUUUGUGUACACGUAUUCCAAAUGAUGACACGGAUAAAGAAGACAUGUUGGUGCUUUAUUCGGAGGAAGAGUUUGAUGAUAACGAAGACAAUGUUGAAUUACCUGAGAUGAUUGAUAGGAAUGAUGAAGUUGAAGAACCACAAAAGUCCAUGACCUUUAGUUCACAUGAAGAAGUAAUCUCAUAUUAUAAAAACAAAAGUACUGCUUCCAAAGCAACACCAACAACUAAUAGAACUGGGUGUAAGGCUAGGAUUUGUGCAAAUUUAUGGGAUGAUGGGACGUGGUAUUUGAGUAAAGUAGUGAUUGAGCAUAACCAUCAUUUAAGCCCAAAAAAAGCAAGAUUUUUAAGGUGUUUUAAGACCAUUAAUGAUGCUGCAAAAAGAAGGCUUGAUCUUAAUGAUACAUCUGGAAUAUGUUUAAAUAAGAAUUUUAACUCAUUGGUUGUUGAAAUGGGGGGGUUUGAGAAUGUUCCAUUUGGGGAGAAAGAUUGUCGAAAUUUUAUUACCAAGGCAAGAGAGUUUCGGCUUGGCAAAGGAGGUGGUCAAGCACUUUGUGAUUAUUUUAGAAGAAUGCAAGACAUGAAUGAUGACUUCUAUUAUGUGAUGGACAUGGAUGAUGAUGCUAGGUUGCGAAAUGUGUUUUGGGCUGAUGCACGAAGUAGGGCAGCGUAUGAAUUCUUUGGGGAUGUCAUUACAUUUGACACGACCUACUUGACAAAUAGGUAUGACAUGCCAUUUGUUCCUUUCGUAGGAGUGAAUCAUCAUGGCCAGUCAAUACUUUUUGGAGCAGGACUACUAUCAAACGAGGAUACAGACACAUUUAUUUGGUUGUUUGAGUCAUGGUUGAAGUGCAUGAAGUACCGAGCUCCAAGUGCAAUUUUAACGGAUCAGGCUAGGGCAAUGAAAAAUGCAAUUGCGAGAGUUUUUCCAAGAACUCGACAUAGAUAUUGUCUAUGGCACAUUAUGAGAAAAUUUCCUGAAAAGUUUGGUGCACAUGAUCAUUGCGAAGACAUUAAGAGUGCCUUAAAUACUUGUGUGUAUGAUUCUUUCACCGUUGAUGAAUUUGAGGAAAAUUGGAAAAAAUUAAUUGAGAGUUAUCAGCUUCAUAAUAACUCGUGGUUGAAUGGAUUAUAUAGUGAACGGACUUUUUGGGCGCCAAUAUAUAUGAAAGAUACAUUUUGGGCGGGAAUGACUACAACGCAGCGGAGUGAAAGCAUGAAUGCCUUUUUUGAUGAUUACGUGCAUUCACAAACCACACUAAAGGAAUUUGUUGAUCAGUUUGAUAAUGCUUUGAGAAAAAUGGUUGAGAAUGAGGCGCGUUCUGAUUUCAAUUGUUUUAAUCGCACAAUUCCAUGUGCAACCAAUCUGUCUUUAGAGAAGCAAUUUCAAGAUGUUUACACAAACGCAAAGUUCAAAGAAGUUCACGAACAGUUUGCGACAGGUGUGCAUUGUAACAAUUCUCUUCUUAAAAGUGAAGGUGCAAUUUCUACCUAUCAAGUGGUUGAAACUUGUCAAUCUCAUGAAAACCACAUGACCGACAAAACAUUUAUUGUUUUCUUUAAUGAAGACGAAUUUGAAGUGAAGUGCACUUGUGCAAAGUUCGAAUUCAGAGGCAUCAUAUGCAAGCAUUCUAUUUCGGUUCUAGUGACAAAGAAAGUUACAAUGUUGCCACCAAGAUAUAUUCUUGAUAGAUGGAGGAAGGAUAUAAAGCGAAAAUAUACUUUGAUUAAGAGUAGUAAUGAUGUGUUUGUGAGUAGCUCUGGUGCCCAAAGAUAUGACAAAAUGUUAUAUGCCGAACCACUUUCUAUAUGGUAUCAGAGCAAAAAGGCUAAUGCGAAGAAGUUGCCAAUGUUCAAAUUCCGGGCACAGUCGCCGAAGUUCAAGUUCAAGAGCAGCCGAUCUUUCAAUCAGGCGCCAUCAACUCCAGCCACUCGAUGUUCAAGAUCAACGAUCGCUAACGGACUGUUCAUCUUGCGGGGGCAUGUUAAGGAUAUAAAUAGUCCUUAG